AUGGCGAGGGGUUUGAAUCCCCCAAUCAGCUUCGGCCACUGUUUGCUGUCUCUGCUGAUGCUUAAGAGCUGCUGGCUGCUAGGCUCUACAUCUCCGAAGCCCGCAGACUCCCAGCCGCCCCAGCAGGAGUAUGCCUCCUCCAUCCGACUGGAUGGCGACAUCAUCCUGGGUGGCUUGUUCCCUGUGCAUGCUCGCGGUGAAAGGGGCGUGCCUUGUGGCGAGCUGAAGAAAGAAAAGGGCAUCCACAGGUUGGAGGCAAUGCUGUUCGCCAUCGACCUCAUCAACAAGGAUCCAGAGCUGCUACCCAACGUUACGCUGGGGGCACGAAUUCUGGACACAUGUUCGCGUGACACCUAUGCUCUGGAGCAGUCACUCACCUUUGUCCAGGCGCUCAUUGAGAGGGAUGGAUCUGACGUGCGCUGCUCUAACGAUGUCCUGCCCAUCUUUGCCAAACCAGAUAAGGUGGUGGGCGUCAUUGGGGCGUCAGCCAGCUCUGUGUCGAUCAUGGUGGCCAACAUCCUGCGACUGUUCAAGAUUCCUCAGAUUAGCUACGCUUCAACAGCUCCAGAGCUCAGCGACAACACCCGCUACGACUUCUUCGUCCGCGUGGUCCCUCCAGACUCCUACCAGGCUCAAGCCAUGCUGGACAUCGUGACGGCGAUGGGCUGGAACUACGUGUCCACGCUCGCCUCCGAGGGAACCUAUGGCGAGAGCGGCGUAGAGGCCUUCGUCCAGAUCUCCAGGGAUUCAGGUGGGGUCUGCAUCGCCCAGUCUCUGAAGAUUCCUCGGGAGCCGAGACCCGGCGAGUUCGACAAGAUCGUCCUGCGUCUGAUGGAGACAUCCAACGCCCGUGCUGUCAUUAUGUUUGCCAAUGAGGACGACAUUCGGCGAGUCCUGGAUGCGGCGAAACGCAACAACCUGACGGGCCACUUCCUGUGGGUGGGCUCUGACAGCUGGGGCUCCAAGAUCUCGCCAGUGGUCCAACAGGAGCGGGUGGCGGAGGGCGCCAUCACCAUCCUCCCCAAGAGGGCGUCAGUGGACGCGUUCGACCGCUACUUCAAGAGCCGCUCUCUCUCCAACAACCGAAGGAACGUCUGGUUUGCCGAGUUCUGGGAGGAAAAUUUCGGCUGUAAGCUGGGGAUGCACGGCAAGAGACUAGGCAACCUCAAGAAAUGUACAGGUUUGGAGAAAGUGGGCCGUGACUCCACCUACGAGCAGGAGGGGAAGGUGCAGUUUGUGAUGGACGCCGUGUACGCCAUGGCCCACGCUCUGCACAACAUGCACCGCGAGCUCUGUGCCGGAUCCCCCGGGCUGUGUCCGCGUAUGGCCAACAUCGAUGGCAAAGAACUGCUGGCUCACAUUUUCCCCGUUAACUUCAAUGGAAGUGCAGGAACUCCUGUCAUCUUUAACAAGAAUGGCGAUGCCCCUGGGCGCUACGACAUCUUCCAGUAUCAGAUCAACGACGGCUCGACAGCGGAGUACAAGGUCAUCGGACACUGGACCAAUCAGCUGCAUCUAUAUAUGGAGGCCCUGCAGUGGACCACCGGCGAAUCCUCUCUUCCCAUCUCUGUGUGCAGUCAGCCCUGCCGGACUGGCGAGAGGAAGAAGGUGGUGAAGGGCGUCCCGUGCUGCUGGCACUGUGAGCGCUGUGAGGGAUACCACUUCCAGGCCAGCGAGUUCACCUGCGAGCUUUGCCCCUACGAAAAGAGACCAGACCAGAAUCGCACCGGCUGCCAGUCUAUUCCCAUCAUCAAACUGGAGUGGCACUCCCCCUGGGCGCUUGUGCCCGUCUUCAUCUCUGUGCUGGGGAUCAUUGCCACUACCUUCGCUAUCGUCACCUUUGUCCGUUACAACGACACCCCCAUCGUGCGUGCCUCCGGGCGGGAGAUGAGCUAUGUACUUCUGACAGGUAUCUUCCUGUGCUACAUCAUCACCUUCCCCAUGAUCGCUGCGCCUGAUGUCGCCGUCUGCUCGUUCCGGCGCAUCUUCCUUGGCCUCGGCAUGUGCUUCAGCAAUGCUGCGCUGCUCACCAAGACAAACCGCAUCCACCGCAUCUUUGAGCAGGGCAAGACGGCAGUGACAGCACCACGCUUCAUCUCACCUGCCUCCCAGCUUGUCAUCACCUUCUCACUCAUCUCAGUCCAGCUGCUGGGCGUCCUGUUGUGGUUCGCUAUCGACCCACCGCACACUUUUGUGGAUUAUGGAGAGCAGCGGACUCAGGAUCCUGAGAACGCACGUGGCGUGCUCAAGUGUGACAUAUCUGACCUGUCGCUCAUCUGCUCUCUGGGAUACAGCAUCCUCUUGAUGGUCACGUGCACCGUAUACGCCAUCAAGACACGUGGCGUGCCAGAGACCUUCAACGAGGCCAAACCCAUUGGAUUUACUAUGUACACAACCUGCAUCAUCUGGCUCGCAUUCAUCCCCAUCUUCUUUGGCACAGCACAGUCAGAAGAGCGGAUGUACAUCCAGACGGCCACGCUGACCAUUUCCCUCAGCCUCAGCGCCUCUGUCUCUCUGGGCAUGCUCUACAUGCCCAAGGUCUACAUCAUCGUCUUACACCCGGAGCAGAACGUCCCGAAACGCAAGCGCAGCUUUAAGUCCAUCGUCACCGCCGCCACCAUGACCAGCAAGCUGUCACAGCUGGCAGCUGAGCGGCCUAACGGCGAGGUGAAGACGGAGCUGUGUGAGGGCGUGGAGGCCAGCGUGCCUCCAACAAAAACCACCUACGUCAGCUACACCAACCACGCCAUGUGA